AUGAAUUUUCAGAAAGAGAAGUGGGUCACAGCCACCAUGAGGAAUCCUGAAGUUCCUCUUUGUCGUUGUAUCACUGAAACCCUUGCAACUUUAGUUGUAGAUGUCGUUAUAAAACCAAAUGAACCACCAAAAAUCGUUACCCUGACCUGCAGCGAUCAACAUACUCAUGCAAGAAUCCACUGGAAGAAGAAUGGCUCCCCAAUAGAUGGACAUGCUAAUACCCUUGAAGUCAGUAUCAGAGAUUUCCCUGAUGUUGGCAGAUAUUCAUGUCAUUCUAGUGACACCGGUCCAGAAUUAAAUUAUACGGUUCUUCUAAUAAAGGAAAUUGAUACAGAUAAUGACGAUCUCAAGGCAAUUCUUAAAAAAGAUUCAGAUCAUUUGGAAUUUAUCCAUUGUGAGGCACAAAAUUACUCUGGGAAGUUCACAUGUGAUUGGAAUGUAAGUCCAGAAUUCCAGAAUGUUAAAUUCCACAUACAGGAUUUUACUGGGCUAAGGCACAGAAGAAGUAUUCAGUGUUCAGACCCUGUUCAUCGGAAUCACAAGCAAAUGUAUACUGUGACUUGCCAAGAAUUAAACUCAUGCGCCUAUGAAGAAGAACAUGAGGCUAUUGUACUGAACCUGGAAGCCAUCACUGCAAUGGGACGAUAUGAAAAGUAUUCCAGAAACAUCUUCAUUUCAGACAUUAUAAAACCAGGUCCACCACAAAACUUGAAAGCCAUAGAAACAAAUGAAGGACUUAAUGUAUCCUGGACAUAUAAUGAACAUUGGUCCAAGCCCAAUUCAUUUUUCCCCCAAUCUUUUAAAGUUGAAAUCAAGUGCAGAAAUCAAGGAUGUCAUCUACUUGCCUGCAAGAGUCGGUCAACCACAGACAAUGUCAAUGGUAUCUUGAAGGAAAAUAAUAAUGAAAACAUUGUGGAGGAAAACUUUUGCAUUUUGCCAAAUUAUAGUCGGAGAUGCCGGAGAUGUGAAAUAUGUGUAAGAGCAAAGGACCGUUACCAAAAAUCAUCCUUCAGUGAUCCAGACUGCAUUAAAGUAGUGGCUGGGAGAUUAGUAAGCAGAAGUGCACUUGAGAAGCAUUGCAAACACAACAUAUUGCAAGCACAACAGCAGCACCAGGUAGCCAUAUUUCCAUGA